GCCAACGUCAGAUCACGUAGAGAAUCCUUGUAGGAAAGCAGGAUCGCUUUUUAGUCAACAACAAGUGCCUGAGAUGGAUUCUUUGUAUUUGUUGCCAUCUGAAAUGGGCGGCGAAAAUGUGACGGAAAAAACUGAUUUUGACAUCAUACCCGUUUUCAAGACAGUCUUGGCUUAUCCUCACAAUGACAGUUUACAGUUCAACGACAUAUUCAACAUGUCAUGGGGACGUUUCUUUAUGCCUUGCGAAAAUUGGCAUGAACCGCAACACAUCCUUUUCCAGUUGGCCUACGGUUGCUUCUUCAUCUCGUGCUUGACUCCAGAUAAUUCGAUCGGCAUCCUUGUUAUGCACGCCGUUCUUCUAUUAGGUGGACUGUUGUAUUCUACAUGGGCUUGGAACAUGAUGUGUGCCCCUGACAUAUUCUCUUGGACUUUUGGGUUUGUCUUCCUUAACUUUUGCCAACUACUCUACGAUCUCUACCGUAUAAGGCCUGUUCGACUGGACCCAGAAGUGGAAGCAGUUUUUGCUCUUCUUUUCCAACCUCUUGGGAUUAGCCGAACUACAUUCAAGAAGUUGGUGGGUCCUGAGUAUGCAGAGAUUUUUACUCUACACCCCGGGGAUUUUUAUGCUCUGCAAAACCUCACACGCAUUGACCGGCUAUCAAUCGUUCUUUCCGGAAAAGUUCAAGUUGUAUCAGAUGGAACGACACUACACACGAUAGACGCAAAUGAAUUUCUUGACUCUCCUGAAUUUGAAUCCAGCCGCGCCUCCGUUGAAGAUAAAUUUCGGGUAUCAAUUAUCGCUACCGGAACGAGUCGUUACAUCAGUUGGCAGAGAUCGACCCUCGAGUACCUUUUUGUAAAAGAAACUGUAUUGGCCAACGUUUUUUGCGUUCUCGUAGCUAGAGACGUAAUCAACAAAGUAUUUGCGAUGAACAAAAAGUUAGCAUCUCAGAGAGGUCAUCUAUUGGACAUUCGCCUACCAGGAAUCGCCAGCUGUCUUUAUGAUUCAUCUCGAGAAACAUCCCCGACUAAUAUUUCGUCUGACUUAAGUCCUCCAUUAAAGUCUCAUCAAAAUGGAGGGAUGAGCAUUCUAUCUGCUGAAUCGCACCAAACUUUCUGGAAUUAAAAUCAAAGCACAAAUUUUUUAGGUUUAUGUAUGAUUUUUUAAUUGAUUUAACGGACGCAUUGGUUGCACAUGUAUAUAAAAUAUGAAAGAAAACUAAAUUUAAACCCAAAAAUAAAUUUAUAGACACG